UCUGAUGUGGUGGGAGGGGCCCAGGUGUGCUCAGGUGUAUAAAUACCAGAGGAGCCUUCUCAGCAGGUACUGACAGAAGCUGAACACUCUCCUGCCUCUGGACUAAAGCACUGCUAACUAUGGAGACAGUUCUCAAGACCCUGUUUGUUCUCCUUGUGGCUACCUCAUUGACUUUAGCCAAGGAUUUACCACAAGCUACCAGAGUCUUACAAACACUCUCCAGAGGAUGGGGUGACAAUCUCGAGUGGGUUCAGACAUACGAGGAAGGCUUGUACAAAGCAAAAACAGAAAACAAACCAUUGAUUCUCAUUAACCACAGAAACGACUGCCCCCAUUCUCUAGCUCUGAAGAAAGCAUUUGCUGAACACCAAGGUAUCCAGAAACUGGCAGAAGAGUUUGUGCUUCUCAAUGUUGUUUAUGAUCCUACAGAUAAGAACCUUCAGCUUGAUGGCCAGUAUGUUCCCAAGGUUGUAUUUGUAGAUCCCUCCCUGGUCGUCAGAGCAGAUCUUCCUGGGAAAUACUCCAACCACCAGUACACCUAUGAGCCAGCAGAUAUUGAUUUGUUGUUUGAGAACAUGAAGAAAGCUUUGAUCCUGCUGAAAACAGAACUUUAAAAGGGAAUAUAUCACAGGAGAUUUUAUUUUGAAUCGACUAUGAAUAUUGCGGAGGUGUUUGCUAAAGUAAUGUUACAAUAUGUACCAAAGCCAACAACAUACAAAUUUAGCGGUGUAUGAAGGAAACCAUUGUUUUUGUCUUUUUAAACGUGUUACCGUUUGCUUCAACUGAAUGCAAUUUGAUUUUUUAAAUAAAUCUAUCUGGGGUUAUUUAUAAAUAA